AUGCUAAAGGUGGGGAGCUUUUUACAGUGUGGCCAAGGGAAUAUUGCUAGAAAAUAUUUUCAACAAUUAAUCAGUGCUGUUGGUUUUUGCCACAGCAGGGGUGUUUACCACCGUGAUUUGAAACCAGAAAAUCCUCUGCUGGAUGAGAAUGGAAUUCUAAAAGUGAUGGAUUUUGGGUUGAGCGCAUUGGCUGAAUCCAAGCAGCAGGACGGGUUACUCCAUACAACCUGUGGGACUCCAGCAUAUGUUGCUCCUGAGGUGAUUAACAGAAGAGGCUACGAUGGGGGAGAGCUGACAUUUGGUCUUGUGGGGCUGCUUUCCCGGAUUCUUGAUCCCAACCCUUAUACUAGGAUUUCUAUAGCCAAAAUUAUGGAAAGCUCCUGGUUCAGAAAUGGUUUGGACUUGAGACAGGUAUCCACUGAGGUAGGAGACAAGGAAAUGUCUCCAGUCGAUACUAAUGUUGUUUCUGGUCCUCCUGAGAGUAAUAAUCCUAUUGGGACAAAGCUAGAAUUUACAAAACCUAAUAACUUGAAUGCAUUUGACAUUAUAUCUCUUUCAACUGGAUUUGAUUGUCUGUUCAAAGUGAAGGAGAAUCAAGGUUUCAUGAGACUUGAAGGGUGUAAUGAGACUAGAAGUUGGACUUUGUCCAUUGAUGUGGAAAUUUUCGAAAUCAGUUCAUCCUUUCAUUUGGUUGAGCUGAAAAAGUCCGGUGGUGAUACAAUAGAGUAUCAGAAGAUUUUAAAACGGGAUAUAAGACCGGCUCUUAAGGAAAUUGUUUGGUUUUGGCAAGAAGAGCAACUGAAUCACUAG